CGUCGUGUUGGUGUGUUCGGGCGACUGUGUGCUUCCUCGAUCACCCGUGCAGCUCUCCGGGCUCCUGAGACAGUGUCCUCGCUGGCUGGUUCUGGUCGAGCAGUGCUCGGGUGGCAGAGUGUAUAGAGGAAGCGCUGCAAUUGUGGCCACACCUGCCAGGAACCACAGCAGAAAUGGAGCGGUCAUUCAUGUUGUGCAGUGAAGAACAAGAUCCAGAACCACAGCGGAGUUUACAAGCACCCAGUCAAGCCCACGAUGAGGAUGCGGAGCUCAUCUUUGUAGGGGCGGAGCAUGUAAAUGAAGAUGCUGAACUGAUAUUUGUAGGAAUGACUUCAAAUUCAAAACCAGCCAAAUCAAACAUUCUGAACAGAGUCACCCCAGGUUCAUGGUUAAAAAGAAAGCAUGAUGGGCUUAGAAAAUGCACUACUCAAAGAUUGCGGCCCUCAAGUCCUGCUGUACCCAUAUCGGAGACGGUGGUCGUCCUGCCGGCGUCUCCGGCUGAAUCAAGAUCAUCAGAUAGUCCUAUUAUUAUUGAGCCUUUGUCCGAACCUGAUUAUAAAAGCGAUUCGCCACAAGUUGUGCCUAGUAGCUCUUCAAAGUGUAGUUCGCCUUUGGCUACACUCUCAGGUUCGAAGCGUAGCCCAGCGAGGGCGGCCCUUUCAGGAGGAGAGCUGAAUGAAAGUUUGUACGUAUCGCCGUGCCGUUCUACUUCUAAAGGAAAUGUCGUAAGCCCUGGACGGAAUGUUGACAUUGUAGAACCUUCUUCAGCUUUGUCCCCUUCAGGUACUGUGCACCAUACCUCAAAUCCUCAGCAGAAGAGAACCACCUUUGAUGUUCCCCACUCAUCAAACCAUUUUGUGAAUGGAGCCCGUCUCUCAGAGGACUCUGUCCGUGCUCAGCCUCACCAGGAAAAUGGAUUGGCUGAAGCAGACUCUCCAAGUCUAGCAAGUCAAGAGGCCUUUGACCCCAAGAAAGGAAGUCUGACCCUCUUACUUAGUGACUUCUAUUAUGGACAGUAUCAAGGAGAUGGGCAGCCAGACCAGAAGACUCACACAACCUUUAAAUGCCCCAGCUGCUUGAACUCUCUAAAAAAUAUUAAAUUUAUGAGCCACACCAAACAUCAUUUGGAACUGGAGGGGCAGGGGAGUGGCGGCUGGGGGAGCCACACCGCCUGCCAGCACUGCCACCGGCAGUUCACCUCCCCCGUGCAGCUGGAGUGUCACGUGGCCUGUGUCCACACGGCUCCAGACCCUUCCAGGGUCUGCAGGAUCUGUGAGUUGUCGUUUGAGACCGAUCAAGUUCUUCUACAGCACAUGAAGGACACUCAUAAGCCCGGGGAGAUGCCCUAUGUGUGCCAGGUCUGUAAGUACAGAUCGUCUGUCUUCGCGGAUGUGGAGACACACUUCAGGAAGUGCCAUGUAAACACUAAGAACUUACUCUGUCCAUUUUGUCUUAAAGUUUUCAAAACUGGGAUGCCAUACCUAAGCCAUUACAGGGGCCACUGGCAAAGGACUGGUCACCCGUGCUCCAAGUGUCGGCUGCGGUUCUUGACCUUCAAGGAGAAGAUGGAGCACAAGACCCAGUGUCACCAGAUGUUUAAGAAGCCUAAGCAGCUGGAAGGGCUGCCUCCCGAGACGGAGGUCGUGAUUCGGGUGUCCCUGGAGCCUGUCCAGUCAGAGUCUGUGAAGGCUGCAUCAGUUGUUGUGAGCACAACUGACUGAGAACCAGCUUCCCCCAGAUCUCAAGGCAGACCUGCGAAACCAUCCCAUUGGUCCUAUGCCGGAACCCAGAGCCCUUCGUAGAGACGAGAACACACCAUACAUUGUUAUUCCUUAGUGCAAAAAAUGAUGAACUGAUGAAUAAUCGGUUUUUCUUCAAUUCGGUGGUAAUGGGGAGUUCUUGUUUUCAUGUUGUGAGGGUUUGUUUUGUUCUCUUUUAGUGCUGGGGCUGCAUCCAAGCCUCACAAUAAGCAAGUGCUCUGCCACCCCAUUCCCCAGUCGACAGCAUAUUUGAAUGAACUGUGAGCAUUACUUAAAAUCCAUCUGCUUUUCUUGUUAAGUGUUUGGUUUAACACAAGGAAGGUGUGUGUAUCUGUAUCCACGUGAGUGGAAAACAGAUUAAACUUAAUUAUUAGUAUUUCAUGUAAUGUCUAAGAUCGAGAGCUCUUCCACAUCAGAGUUUGGAGUUUGAUGGGGCUAACAAGGCCCCGCCUCUCCCUGAAGAUCUAUAGGCAGUUAAUGUUCGCUACGGGAAGGAGAGAGACUUUUUUCUUUUCUGGUUUGAGAGACAUCUUCAUAAGUGGUAUAACAUGGGUAAGUGGACGGGCACACAUUGAUUCCAGCCUUGAAGCCAAAGAAGGAAUCCUGGCCAUGCGAAUAUCCAAGGAGGCCAAGCCAUUCCUGUAAAGUGCCGGCAUUUUGUGAAAGACCUCUACAGACAUUAAGAGCACAGCUGUGUGUCCUCAGCGCUGAAGCAGCAACAGUAAUUAGUAAGGUGGGAACUGUUGUCCACCGACUCCUAUUGCUUGAUGCCUAGGGUAGUUGGAUCCAUUCACUCUUUGUCCCAUCUUGGCUAGCUGUGUUUGAAGAAUGAACUGGCCAUAUUCUUCCUUUCCUGGGGAAAGAAGCGUUGGCUUUUAUAGCUUGAAGUGUAUUGAAUCCAGUAGCAGUGGUUGCUAUAGGAAGGAGAGAGACUUUUUUCCCCCCUGUUCUGAGAGACAUUUUCUUAGUGGUGUAGCAUGGGUAAGUGGUUUGGGCUGAACUUAGUUCUACUUUCAAGCUGUAAUAGGAACUUGCCUAAUAAUAUUGGACAUAGCACAAAAACAAACAAAAACCAACCCAGGUGACUAGGAUUUAAGCCCUCUACGUAGUGUUUUCAGUACAUUUUCAGUACGUGUGUUUUGUGGUAAUUGAACAUGUGAAGCUUGCGGUUUGGUGCCGUGGUGCUUUUUCCCCCUUGGUGCUAGGGAUUAAGCCCAGAGCCUUACAGGUACCAGGUAAGGGCUCUGCCACUUAACUAGAUCCCUAGUCACAAUUUGAACCUUGCUUCGUAUUUAAGUGAUCACAGAGCAGUGUUCCCUUUGUUGUAUGUGUAAUUUCCCAGUUGGCCACACUAAAACUGCUUGGGUCUUACUUGAAGCACUUCAGUGUGCAUGACAUGUCCUAAAUGAAGACUUGUCUUCUCCCAUGUAGUAUGUCGUGCUGCUUAGUCGGCCACUGUCUAUGGAGGAACAGCCCUUCAUAGAACUGCAGACACCCCCUGGAGACUGGCCUUCAGCAGCCUCAGUAGCAUUGGCCAUUUCUGUAAAUUUCCAGGGCUGUCUCCUUGAGUCGGGCCCAGUGCCGCCUACUGUUCUGCUCCUCCAUCUCCAGCCCGGACGACCAGUGGCUUCUGUCCAUCCCUCAAGGAAGGAGUCUGGACACCUGCUGGUUAUAGUCACUGUCUGGGAAAAUCUCUUGAGUUUCCUGUUCCUUUCUUUAAAGGUACCUUAUCUUGCUGGUUGUGGUAGCACACACUGGUAAUAGCAGCUCUUGGGAGGCUGGGGCAGAUGGAUCUGGAGUUCAGAGUCAGCUCUGGCCUCUUCAGUGAGUUCCAGAAUACACACCAAGACCUGUCCCCUUACAGCAGAAGAAAGGAUCAAUGGAGACAGUUUUUAUUCCGUUUUUCCUUUCUCAGUCUAGUGAAGUCUUCUAGAUUUCCCCCCAAAAUGGGAAGAAGUCCUCCCUAGGCCUUGGCAUCUCUGCUAAGGCAGAGGGAGGUAAGAGGUUGUGUGUAUUUACUCUGUGCUUGAUUCAUUGAUUGACUGUGAUCUGCAUCUUUAUGAUUUUGAUUGGCCUCUUCAGUGAGUGUCUUUUUGGGACAAGGCACACUAACUUUUCAUCUUGUACCUUUCCUUUAGGUGUGGAAAGAGUGUUUGUUCCGUUUGUUCAGGUGGAGAACCGCGCUGUUUCUGAAAGGAAUCUGCAGACUUCUGUACUAUCUGUGGUAAAAAUAAGCCACCUUAGACCUGUGCUUAGUGUCGCCAGCACCGUUGCUGUAGUUGCUGUUUCAGUAAAUCAUGCUCCUGAGGAGCACAGGCCGCUGUUUACUGCUAAGGGAGGCCCAGCGCUCGGUCUCCUGCCCACCUGUCUCCCUGGGCUGCCAUGCUCCUGCCGCUCUCCUCGCUGCUUCGCUGUUCUGAUCUCUUGGCCUUGUCAUUCCUCUAGUAAACUCCCGUUUCUUCUUCCUGAUGCAAAGGCUGCACAGCUGCUCUCUCGUCACAGUGCUUUCCCCUAAGCCUGCAUGGCUUGCUACCUCACAUGUGCUCUGUUAGAUUACGCUCGUCAGGAUUUCGAGAGGGACUGGAAACUCCCCUGCUUGUGAAGUCCAGCUUAUUCCUUCUCUCUGAAGGCAGUUUACCUCGUGUUGCACCUUUCUUCCUUCUGCUGUCUAGCUGAGUUUCCUAGUCACAGAACUUGAGGAAGAAAUCACUUCGGUUCUGUCGUAGAAGUGAGCUAGCUUAAGUCCAUUUCUGUGCCUAUUACACAAAGAAGUAUAGUGAGCUGAGUCUUUCAGAAGCUUUCUGUUUUAUAUUGAUAGCUCUAUUUUUAAAGCAAUGUCACUUUGUUUUGUUUGUAUGUGUAUUAAAUUUAUCUGUCAAGAUUACUAUUUUGUUACUCAGAAGUUUGUUGCUUGUUCUUUCAAAUAAAAGUCAUUAUUUUGUUAAUGUUGCCAAAGUUAUUUAUAAGAAAUAGCAACUAAGGAAAUAAAACAUUUUGUGAAAAC